AUGGAAUCCGCUCAAAUCCCAGGUGGGACCCCUGCGCCGUAUGGCAGCGCAUGUAUGAACUGUUCCCGUGCCAAGUGCAAAUGUAUUAUUCCCGCAACUGGUACUGGCUGCGAAAGAUGCCAGCGCCUGAGCAAGGAAUGCCGGCCUGCGCAGACAGUGCGCAAGCGAAAUAAGCCGAAGUCCAGUUCUAAUACUGCCCAUCUCGAGGCCAAAAUUGAUUGGAUCAUGUCCGCGUUUGAAAAGGGUGGUGCUUCCCCCAGUCUUCCUCCAGAUUGGCAACCUGUAAACCUAGGACAGAGUCAACGGCAUGAUCCAAGACAAUCUGCACCGAUCACUCAAACCCCAACUAGUGUUUCUUCUUCAAAUGCCGAGGAGGGACAGUACCCUGCACAAUUUCUGCCCUCGUAUGAUCGGGAUAUCUUGGGACUGAUCUACGUCCCGCCCGCCAUGGCUCAGAAGUACCUCGACCAAUUCCGCACUCGGAACUUGCAAUAUCUCCCCUUUCUCUACAUUCCUUCCAACGUAACCUCUGACCAACUGCGCGAGAAAUAUCCAUUCCUUUGGGUAUGUAUUAUGGAAGUGAUCACAUGUAUAAACUCAGAAAAAGGUGACUCUUUCGGGAAAAUCACCAAUCAUAUCCAUCAGAGAGUUAUGCUCGAUAUUGCGCCGAGCAUGGAUCUUCUCCUUGGGAUCAUGACUUUCAUAUCAUGGGUUACAUACAGUAAAAGGCCAUUUCUUAAUGUCUAUGCACACAUACUAAUGGCAGUUGUCGCUGAACUUGGGAUUAAUAAAAGUGUCCCAAAUGAGUACUCUGCCAUGCAUUCAUUCAAAGUUGCUAUUGGAAUGAAGCAAACUCCACCCACAGCCAGAACACUAGAAGAGAGGAGGGCUGUACUGGGAUGCUUCUUGAUAUCAUCAAGCUGUAUUACUAGCGCCGCAUUAGCAAUGUCCAGGAUCGACGCUAUGCGCUGGACACCGCACAUGGAAGAAAGCCUUUCAGUACUCACUGAGGCUAAGGAGUGCCCCGAAGAUGAACUUCUGAUUGCACUAGUCAAGAUUCAUUUAGUCUUAGACAGAGUCUAUCAACUGCGGUGGGAUGGUGAAGCUUUCAUAUCGCUACCAUUCUAUCUCGACAGCUUCAAAAAUCAAUUAGACACAGUGAAGAGCCAAAUUCCGCCUCAUCUUCAACAGCACAGAGUCUUACUGAUGUAUCUUUACAAUGCCGAAAUUCCUUUACACCUCCCUCCGAGCAACAAAAGGCUGGCUCGAGGAUGGCUAGAACUUGAAGGAGAGGAGUACCUACAGGUAUCAUGUGUCAUUUUUUUCCAAUUCACUCGAGCCAUCGUCAACCUGUACAAGCUCACCAUUCUGGAGGACCCGGCAUGGUCCAAAAGUAUGGUCCGAGACACCGCAAAUGUCCUCGAAUACCUGAACAGAAACGAAGCCGUCAUCAGAAAGUGCCCAGAGUAUAUCACUUUCGACCAAAGCAGGGAAAUGAACAUCCUCGAAAAGGGAUUGAGAAUGGUCCAAGGCAUGAGAAUGAACUGGGAGCCAAAAUUGAUGGAAAUGUGGCGUCCAAAUAUGCCUGCGAACAACGGUAUCGAUAGUGGCACGAUCCAAUCUGAUGCUAUACUACCCGAUGUUAUGCCUUUUGGUGGUAUUGAUGAGGCCUGGAUGAUGGACUUCCUUGGGUCGUUAUGA